AUGUCUACUAUUAGUUUUAAUUCAUUCUUCGAUAGUAAUACAUUACGUCGUUUAUCGGUUCGUUUAAUUUUAAUUGGCUUUGCCAUGUUUAUGAUGUGCUCAAUCAUGUGUGUCACACAAAAUUAUUAUGUAUUAACAUAUGCUUGUGGUAUUUUAGCAAUAACAAUUGAAGGUAGCGUAAGUCUUUACUAUCAAUUUCGUGGUGAAUGGGCAGAAUUUAAAUGGUUUUCACCAUCAAUUAUUUUAUUUAUUGUAACGUGUGUACCAACAUUAAAAAUACUUAAACAACAUCAGUUGCAUGUCAGUCAAAUAUUUAAACAGACUAAUAUCGAAUUAUUACUUAAACGUGAUAUGACAUAUUGCUUUAAUAUUACUUUCGAGUAUAAAUUCAUUGGUUCUACUAAAACAAGAUAUCCACUAUAUGCAUUCAAGUGUUCAAAAGAUGAAUUGAUUAAUUUUAAUAAAGAUAAUUUUAAAUUAAUGUGUUCUUUAUUAACUAAAAUACAAUAUCGUCAAUGUGAAUCAUAUAAAAAAUGUCAAAUUGAUCCGAAUUUAUUUAUUUUAUGGUCAUUUAUGAAAGAUGCAUGUACAAGCUGGAGAGAACUAAUUAAUCGUUUUACAUUAAUUGGUAUAUUAAGUGAUGAAUUAGCUGGUUUCAUGCUCAUUGAACAACUACUUCUACUCGUAUUGGUUCUUGUCAAUUUGAUAUGGCCACAAACUGAAAGUUCGGAGGAAAUUUAUUUUGCUCAGAUGUUACGUCAAUAUUUAGCUGCUGCACCUGACAUUGUAGAAUUCUAUGGAAAUUUUCAUCAAGGAGAAAAUUUAAAUAAAUUACAAGAUCGAAAUAAUUUGCAAACAGCUAUAUUUAUUAUAUUUAUUAUGUCAACAUUUCAAUUCAGUAUAAAUCUACAAAUGAAAAUAAAGCCCACAAAAAGUCUACAUAGAAAAACAUUUCUUCAAAUAAAUAUGAAAAAUAAAUGUUUAGUUCUAUUUGAAUUAAUUUUUUGUACAUCAAUGUGGUCUGUUAUUUAUAUAACAAUGACACAAGAUUUACCAUUUUUAAUCAUACGGUGGUAUUUUCUUACUUUUAUGUCGGAUAGUUCAAGUAAAAUGGUUUUCUUUUUAAUGAAAAAUGCUUUAACUAUAAUGAUAUCGUUUCAUUCUGGUCUUAAUGAUAUUAUAGAUUUUAAAGAAAAUAUUCAAAAUAUAAGAAGAAAAACUAAUUAA